AUGGAUAAAGAGACGGUACAGCCCAAUGCAUGGGUCGCCCUACGGCUUCCCAACGAGACGUAUCGCAUCUUACAGAUUGCUCCUAAUACUACAAUCACUCUGGGCAAGUAUGGCUCAUUCCCGUCAAAUCUCAUCAUCGACCGCCCGUACCACUUCACAUACGAGGUCCAAGAUAAGCGCGAGGGCGAGACGUUUGCGCGACUUCGCGUAGUCCCUGCCAAAGAGCUCAAUGCCGACGACUUGGCCGAUACCAGCGCCGAAGCGACAGAACCAGCGGAGGGUGACGAAGUGAUUGCCCCCGCAGAUGGAGAGGAGCUUACUCUCGUCGAUGAGACCGGCAAGGUUCUCAUCCGAUCGAAUCGCGAGAUUAUCGAUGACUCGGCCCGACAGACGCUCAAGCCUGAGGAGAUUGAGGAACUCAAGCGCAAGGGCGCAUCGGCUGGAAAAGAGCUGAUUGCCAAGCUGCUCCUUUCGCAUACGGCCAUCGACCAGAAGACGGCGUACUCUCUUGCCAAGUACAAGCUUCUCAAGACGAAAAAGUACAUUCGACGGUUUACCGUGUUACCUCUCGACGUACCAAUGCUGGCACAGUGGCUGCUAGAAGACCGCGACGCUUCCAAGAUCCUCGAAAUGCGACAAGAAAUGAUGGCGCUGGUAGGAUGCUGGGCAGAUGUUCACUACGGAGGUGUUCCCACAGAGGAACCCAGCCAACCGCAGAACGGAAGAUGGUUGGUGGUCGACGACACAGGCGGUUUACUCGUUGCUUCUCUGGCCGAGAGAAUGGAUAUCCUCUAUCCAAAACCCGAACCGGAGACAACAAACGAUACCACAGUACCAGAAACCGCCACCGCCACGGAUAAGAUGGACGAAGAUCAACCUCAGGCAACAUCAGAAGCGACAAACCCCCCUGAGCAGAAGAAGAAGCAUCCCAGACGAAGCGAUUUCAACGUCCCUUACGUCAACAAGAACACCAUUACUGUAAUACACGGCCAGACCCAACCUAACCUCGCUCUUCUCCGAUACUUCAACUAUGACGCCGCAAAUGCCAACCCUUCACCCCCUUACCACCCCCUCGACACCAACCUCAUGGAUAUCUCAUGGCUACAGCUAUUGGCCCCUGAGGAAGAUGACGCUUAUAAUAAUAAGCCGCCUGAGGCUACCCCUGAGGAGAUUUCCUCGUGGAAGACGAACCGCAGAGGAAACUACCACCGCAAGCGAAGAAGGUGGGCACGUAUCAGACAUGUUGUCGACACAACACGCGCAGGUAACUUCUCAGGUCUUGCGGUCGCAAGUUCCAUGGACCCUAUCUCCAUCGUCCGCAGCACUGUACCCUUAUUAGCAGGCGGAGCUCCCAUCGCCAUCUACUCACCCACCAUCGAGCCCCUGACACAACUGGCCGACUGCUUUAGCGUAUCGCGCCGAGCUGCUUGGGUGUCUACACCCCCACCCGAGAUCGAAAACAAGACACUCGAAGAGCUUGAGCGUUGGGAGGGCACCGAGGAGUUCCCCAUCAACCCCACGCUUCUCCUUGGUGUGACUAUCCAGAGCAGCAGGGCGCGACGAUGGCAAGUCCUCCCAGGCCGAACACAUCCGUUCAUGACAGGUCGGGGUGGCGCGGAUGGGUUCUUGUUGACGGCAUGGAGAGCGGUGCCUGUGGAGGGCAAGAUUGAGGCCAGGGGCAAGUUCAAGCGAAGAAGGACAGAGGCGUCUUGA